UUUUCGCAAUACAUAAAUCAUUUAGGUUAUUGCAUCGCACACAGUCAAAGUAGAACACAAUGCUACUCACAAGACCAUUUAAAAUCAUAUUGCCUUUCUGCAUGCUAUGAACAGGUCAUUACAGAUAACUUAACCAAGUUGUAACUUAUUUUGAAUCGAAAUUUGUGGCGUUGUAAUCAUGGUUUGUCACUGCUUCUGUGAAGUAAAAUUCACUCAUUCUUCCUAAUGUGUGCAACAUUUGUUUGGACUUUGUGUCUUCUACUUCAUCAACUUUGGACUAUCGGUUUAAUGAUACCAACAGCAGUUUAUAAACCCAGCACUAAACGGAUAUUCGUAGCGCAUUCUUUAUGUGUGGGAAGUCUGAUUCUGAAAGGAAUGUAGUGAUUUGUAACUGUAGGCACAGAUCACCUAGGAAAUAAUUUCAAUGUUUAUGAUUCAAACACAAUUAGAGCUUGAAAGCAAUGUAACUGAAAUAAAGAAACGCCUCAGUAAACUGCAGAUGAAGAAAUUUGAAAAUGAGGAACACGAUUCACGAAGAAAAGAAGAAUGUGCAAGGUUAAAGGAGAAUGAAGAAACCCUAAGGAAAGAACUUCAUGACACCUGUGCAGCUGUACAGAGUUUAAAGGAAGAUGUAGAUCAUUUGUAUGAGGGAACAACACCCAGCAAAGAAGACGCAGCUAUACUCGAGAGGAAUCGUGAUUUGCUGAGGCUUUACAAAAAUCUUACAGGACUGAAGUGGGACUACACUGCACCACCAUCUGACUAUACUGGCAGUGUUUUUAAUUUUGUCAACAAUUACUGCAACUACUUUCACUACCCAGCAGGAGAGGCUAGUGUUCAACUUGUGUGGGAUGAAAUUCAGAGAGCUGCUCACGCAGUGUGGUCGGAUAUUAACGGGCAGGAACCACUACCCUAGCCCCCGGGUAUUACCGGGUACUUCACGGUCUGCCUGUGUUUAUAUUUAACAUCUGCUUUACACAUUUGACCUCCUCACAUGUUAU